UCAGAACUUGAGAAGAAAAAUGCAGACUCUGUUAAUAUUCUUUGGUUGUCCAUGCCAACAUUCAACAAAAAUCAAAAGAGAUGGCGUUUACAAACAUAAAAACAGUUAUCGGUGUAACUAUAUGGCGUAAUUCAAUUGACCAUUGACCAGCAUUAAAUGGUUAGGCAUUAUUACCAAUAAUUGGAAUGAAUGAGAAUUACCGGUCAUCAUGUCUACAGUGGCUGCCCCAUGCGCUGUGUUUAUGGGAAACCUGAAUAAUGUGAGACGUAAAUGUGAAGUGUGCUCUAUGAUCGUGUAUGUCUUCAAUGAUGUAUUGGGCAUUAACAUUACCAAGGAUAAUGUUAACAUAUCCUCUUCAUACCACUGUAACUGUUUCACUGCAACCAUUUUCGUCCCUAAUGAAAUUUAUCAAAAACUAGCAGUGCAGACCCUUAAUCAGUCAAUGCUUCCUUCAGGAUUGAUAAAGGAAGGGCGAAAGCUAAGAAUAGACUAUUUUCGUGCGGGCCAUGAAAAACAAAAUGUCGGCACAGUGCUAACUAGUGCAGCAGAAAUUAAUAAUCAGAAUUUUAAUGAUGAAAUUAAGAUGAUAAAUUACAAGAAAAAGCGACGGAGAAAGAAAAAGAGAACAGAUGGCCAAGGCAACACAAGUCUGGUUCAGUCACCUGUAAUCAACAGUGCCAGCCAGGGAAUUAACAAACAUCAGUCAACAUCUAAUGAGGAAGAAUUGAGCGAGGGCAUAAAAACUGACGCAAGUAAUAAUGCCAACUUAUUAGAGUUACAUAAUAAUGCUGAUUCUAUAGCAGAUCAACUUGAUAAUGUAGACUACUUAAAGAAAAAUCAACAGCUUGGUAAUGAGACUCGCAAAUUGGAAUUUAAGCGAGGCGGUGGUAGUUACCUCAAGAAUAUCCUGAAGACUGAUGUUGGGACGUACAUGAGUGCUUUCUUGAAUAGUAGUGGAGGUACUCUACUCAUCGGUGUGGACGAUGAAGGUUUUGUACAGGGAAUUUCUUUAGAUCAUAAGGCAGAGGACAAAGUUAGACGGGACAUUGAUGGCGUCAUGCGUAGAAUAGAACCUGCUGUGCUUCCAAAUAUCUACUCGGUGUCAUUCAUUCCAGUACAAGAUAAAAUACAAUGUAAUCUGAAAGUUAUCAAAAUUACUGUUGGUGCUGUUAAAACUAAGAUGUUAUAUGAAAGUCCAGGAGGGGGUGUGUUCAUUAGACGUGAUGGCAGUAUUCAGGGACCUCUUAAAACCAAAGACCUUCAAGAAUUGUGUCACAUGAAAUUGGAAGAAGAAUUUGAGAGAAAAGAAGCAGACCUUAAGAAACAGAUUAAAAUUCUGGAAUGUCAAUUGGAAGAUGCAAGUUUGGGGCACAAUAGUACAAGUUCAGUGCAUUCAGCCAAUGGGAAUAGGAAAUCAACAGUGUGCGUAGUAAUUUGACAUUUUGAGACUGAUAAUGUUAAAAAUAGAUGCAUGGGGAUGUGAAAUAUUGUCUCAUACUAUUGUCUCAUAUAUUUAUCUCAAAUCUAGUGAAGUACAGUGAGAUUGGUCCUCUUGUUAAAUCGAUCGGACACACUUCCUCACCCUUAAAGUUGGACGGCGUUAGGCCUACAAUCAUUUUACCCAUAUAUUGAAUCUAAUCAUGCAGGCUUCCUAUUAUAUACUGCAUUCUAAGGGAUGUUGCAUGGGUCGAGUCACAGAUAACUGGUGCUGAACCAUGGCGAUCUUGAGACGCUAGCCACAAGGUGCUCCUACUUUGAAAUACUAGGUACAGUACUGUAUAGUACAGAACAUAGUCUUUCAGAAGCUACUGUACCAAUAUAUGUCCCAUCUGUAUGCUAAAGAAUGCAAUAUGGUUUUUGGAAAAAGAACAAGGUUGUUUUUUGGUACUGCUCAAUUUACUACCAAGAGCAGAGGCGAAUCAAGAAUUUAUCAAACAUGGGGCACUAAAUUGUCAGAAUAGGUAAUUAGGAAGCACUAGUUUACUUUAGCAGCAGUGGGUUUUGGGGUGGAUGCAGGGGUGCAGACAGUGCGAUCAAACACCCUAAAUUGUAUUAAGAAAAAUUAUUGUACUGUAUCGUAUUGUUGAUAUGAAUUACCGGUAAUAUUUUUAAGUUAUGAGAGUCAAUUUCCGGGCACCUAGAGUUCCAUAUUCUCUCAAUUUUCUCACCCCAAACCCCAAGGUGGGGCUGAGGUGGUGUGGACUCUCACACCCCCUGCCACCAAAUCCUGCAUCCGCCCAGGGGUUGGAGGCCCUGUUAAAACAUUUUGUAUUUGUAUACUACCUUUUUAUUU